CCACUCCAUAUUGCAUCUGAGAGGGCACCAGGUUCUGAAUUUUUAAAGGACUUUCAACUGAACAAAGGUUCUACAGGCAACUCAGUGAUGCUGGACUAAUCCAAUUUAGCAGAAAGGAAAGAUUCCUGCUUAAGCCAAUAUUUCAAACAUAAUGAAGCAGCAUCCUUGGAGCACGUAGAAGAUCAGCAGUCAGAACACAUGGAUUCUAUCUAAUGUCAAACAGCAGCCAUUCCCCAAUCAAUGGGCAUCUACUUUGUUUCCGGUUCUUUGUAACCAUGAAGAGUGCCGAUAUGAAAAUUUGCAACUUUGUCAUUGUACAGAAGCGGAAAUGGAGGCCCAGAGAAGUUAAGUGACUUACUGAAGGGCCCUGCCAUUUUGAAACACCUAAUACACCCCAGGAAAGGGAGGGAACUCAUUUACUGAGCAGUAAGGAAGAUUAUGGGUCCUUGUACCUGUAACCAUUGGAGGAAGAGAGAGGAGACUUAAACAAAUAUUUGUUCAAACUAUGGUGAGAAGAAAGUGCCUGGAGGAUAAAAAAUGAACCAGCUGGAUGCAACGAAGUCAGGAUUUUUAGUGUGCAUUGGUAUUUGCAUUUUUAUCUUCAUUUUUCUUUAUGUGAGGAAUACAAUUCCAAAUGAACCAAAAGAAGAACCAACCUACCCAGAAUCAACAGACUGUGGCUUUUAUCCAGAUGAAAUAUGUUCAGCCCUUUUUGAAGGGAAAGGGGCUGCCCCUCAAAUUGGACAACUCUGUCAGCAAAACACUCACCAACCUGAAAUAAACCCUUGCCUAGGGACCCCAGGCAGCUGUAACUGCUCUCUGAUCUUUCAGGGCCUACAUUUCAUAACAAAACCCCUGUCUGCAGAAGAAGGGAAUUUCUCCUUGGCAUAUAUCAUAACCAUUCAUAAGGAGUUAGCUAUGUUUGUGAAGCUUCUCAGAGCUAUUUACGUCCCUCAGAAUGUUUACUGCAUACACAUUGAUGAAAAAUCACCCCAGAAUUACAAAACUGCAGUGAAAAACCUGGUUGACUGUUUCGAAAACAUUUUUAUUUCAUCAAAGAGAGAGACUGUGAUUUAUGGUGGAUUUUCAAGACUACAGGCAGAUAUUAAUUGUAUGAAAGACCUAGUGAGCUCCACAUUUCAGUGGAAGUAUGUAAUAAACCUUUGUGGGCAGGAUUAUCCAAUCAAGACAAACAAAGAAAUCAUACAAUAUAUCAAAAGCAAAUGGAAUGGUAAAAACAUGACUCCAGGAGUAAUUCAGCCUGCGCACAUGAAAUAUAGGACACACCAAAGUUACAAAGAAUAUGUUCAUCAAGGAAAUGCUUAUGUUUAUCCAACUAAAAAAGAAAAAAAAGAUCCCCCACAUAACUUAACAAUAUACUUUGGAAGUGCUUACUAUGUACUCACUAGGCAGUUUGUUGAAUUCGCACUGACAGAUGUCAGGGCAAAAGACUUGCUUGAGUGGUCAAAAGAUACAUACAGUCCUGAUGAACAUUACUGGGUUACUCUGAAUAGAUUAAGAGAUGCUCCAGGUGCUACUCCAAAUGCUGAGUGGGAAGGGCAUAUUCGGGCUAUUAAAUGGAAAGAUAUGGAAGGAGUUGUUCAUAAUGGCUGCAAAGGACAUUAUGUUCGAAAUAUCUGUGUAUAUGGAUUGGGAGACUUGCAGUGGAUUAUUGAAUCCCCUCACUUAUUCGCCAACAAAUUUGAGCUCACAACAUAUCCACUUGUGAUGGAAUGCUUAGAGAGAAGAUAUAGACUUAAAGUACUACAUCAGGCAGAGGUCCCUUCAGAAUCACACUGGCAUUUGCAAGACACUUGCUAUUUUAAUAUGAAAAUAAAUAUUUGAUCAGUCAAAGA